CCUCUCUCACUGUUGUUCUCGCUCCCAGCUCUCUCACUUCGGCACCAGCGGGAUCCGUGUCGGUGCCGAAUUACUGUUUCAAUGUGAUGCGAGUUGAAACGGAGACAAGCUGCCGCUCCUUAUUUCUGUCUUCUAGUUAUCCUUUAUUGCCGAAAAGGGAAUGCAUACUGUUAUUAUCCGAAAGACGGAUUAAGAAACCACUGAUAACAUUGCAGGCUCCUUCCAAAGCCGCUCAUCGGGCUCUUUUUUGGGAUACAUGUGCGUUAAAAACUUUAGGAGUUGAAUUUGCGGAGUGAAGCUGCGAAGAAAUACCGAGAUGAAGUCAGCUGGGCCGUGUGAUGGAGAACUCUUCACAGAGAGCUACUGCAACAUCUGCAACGCUCAGCUUAUCUCCGAGUCGCAGCGCAUCGCCCACUACGAGAGUAAAAAGCACGCGAACAAGGUGCGACUCUUCUACAUGCUGCACCCUGAGGAUGGUGGCCCCCCCUCCAAGAGGCUCAGGCCAGACAAUGCGGUGUGUAGCCACAACACCCCGGCACUCAGCCCCCAGAGAUUACCAUGGCAGGGCAACGAUGAGACAGAAGUCGACCAGAACAAGUGCUGCACCCUCUGCAACAUGUUCUUCACCUCCGCCAUCGUGGCCCAGUCCCACUACCAGGGCAAGACCCAUGCGAAGCGAGUGCGGCUUGUCCUGGGGGCAGCACCUCCUGUGGCCCCCAGCCCUGCAGACUCGUCCUCAAAGACGCCACCGUGGCCUCCAGUGUGUAACGGCGAGGCGGGAAAGUACUGUGGGCUGUGUGGCGCCUGGUUCAACAACCCGCUGAUGGCGCGGCAGCACUACGAAGGCAAGAAACACAAGAGGAACGCGGCGCGGGCCAGGCUGCUGGAGCAGCUGGCGGGCAGCCUGGACGCCACGGAGACCACAGGCCUGCGCAGCACCUACUCCUGCAGCAUAUGCAAGGUGACGCUAAACUCCAUCGAGCAGUACCAUGCGCAUCUCCAGGGCUCCAAGCACCAGAACAACUUGAAACAGCUCCAGCACUGAGGGACACCAUCCCGGAAGAAGGGGAACUGCUUGAAGCAGGACAGGGAAACUUUGGCGCCUUCCAGAAAUUUAUAACAUGUUUUAAAUCUAUAAGAUUUUGCUGGAACAGCUAUCCGGCCAUCUUGGAUUUUGAGGAGUCGCUGGAGUUCACCCUAACCCCUCCCUCUCCACUCACUGACAGCCAACUUUAUUGUUGUAAAUGCAUAUAUGAGAAACAAUAAGAAUUAUGUUAAAGCAGAUACAACUAUCUCUGCCGUCUUUUUAAAAUAUUUUUUUUUUAUGUGGAUAAACACGAGCAGGUUCUGUGAUGCAAAGAUGUAGUCAGACGUGUUUUGGCUCUGGAGAGGAAGCAGCGAGCUGGAUGUGUUUGGAACUCUACAGCGUGCAGCUGGACAGACCAUAUGACCGAUGUGAGGAGCUGUGAGCAGUCCAGGGUGCAGGGACAGCGCUGGCUUUGGCCCCAGUCCAUGGGAACCUCAUUGGGACCUUCAAGUCGAUAAAGGCCAAACAGAGGACCAGCUAGUACCUGACUGCACAGAGCCCACACCACAGGGUGACCUCGUUCUGUCGGAGAAUUUGCUGUUACUAUUAAAAGAACAGCAGAGGACCUUGAACGUGAUCUUGUGCCACAAAACACAUACCCUUCUCUUGACUAUUUCUUGUAACAAAAAUGUGAUACAAUUGAUUGGGAGUCAUAUACAAGUGAUAUUGUAUAGGGGUGUGCACUGUGGGUUUUUAGAUUAUACUAUUUAGCUAUUGUGUACACACACUGGAAUGGUGACAGUCCUAUAGGAAAGUCUAUGAUUCUAUAUUUUUAUGUGAAUUUCACACAGUUAAAAAGCAAAACGCUCCAUUAUCACAUUAUCAAAAUCGCUAUCUAAACAUUUUCAUUGAUGUUGCUUAUAGAGUGGGUCAUAGAAGCUCAGUGGGUCAUUAACCACACCUUUGAACCUUGGAGCUCAGAAACAGACGCUGAUGCUACUGGAUGAUGCUUGGUUCUGUUUGGUAUUACCAGCUUUUUUAUAGUGCAUAUGCAUUGCAUUCAGAAACACCGAUUAUACUAACAGAUUAUAUUAACAGCCAUCAAAGCAACUAAACUUAAAAUCCGUCACUAAGCAUUAAUGUGAUUGAGCAUUUAAUUGCCAUAUAUGCCAUUAUGAAAUAAACUAAAGUUAUAUAUGUUACAGCCUAAAACUGAAUUAAAAUUGUUUUGUUUCAAAAUUAGCUUCUAUGAACUGUCUGUUAAA